AUGAUUAAAAGAACACCAGAAGAAGAGAGUUUUUUAACAUCACCUUCUGAUUCUUUAUGGGUACAAACUAGUGAUAAUAUAAAUGAUCCUGCAUAUGAACCAAAAUAUCAACCUGUGGAAGAUUCAAUGGAACAAAUGAUAGGAUUACAUGUCUUCGGAGACUAUCCCCGGAAACUCGAUUAUGUCCUAGGUAAAGGUGAAGUAGUUGUUAUGCCUAAUUCAUUGAACCGUUCAGAACUUGAACAUCAUUUUGAAAAAUCAUCUACCUGGUGGUAUCACCUUUUUUCCGUAUUUUGGUCACGUCACAAGUUACUUCCAAAUAUGAAAUAUUCAAAUGGUUUUUACCAAUGGAUAUUUGAUCUUCAUGUUUAUAAUAAAAAUCAACAAUUCAGAUUAUACAAAGCAACGAAAUUUGGACAAGAUAAUCCUUUAUUAACGACAUCUGAUUUUCCUUUCAAUGGGCAAAAUGAACAACAUGAUAUGUUUAUGAAUAAUGUCAUCAAUUACGAUACUAUUCUUAAUCAUGCAUUAAUAUCUUAUACAAUAAAUAAUACAAAUCUUUUAAUCGUUUCAUAUAAUGAGAGUAAAUGGUCAUUGACCGACCAAAAUAAAAAUCACAUAAUUGACAUAACUGCUACCAAUUAUUUUACAUCUUUAAUUGUACCAAACAAAUCCACGUUCGAGACUAAUAGAAUACAAAGAACAACUACAAUAAAUACAACUGAAGCAUCCAACAAACAAGAUCAUUUUAAAAAUUUUGUAUUAAAACUAAUAAAAAAAAUAUAUCAUGGAAAUGGUUACGUACUAUCAUGUCAACAAGGAACCAAAAAUCAAUCUCUAUUUUUUUAUAACAUUGGUGGUGAAUUUCGCUAUUGUGAACAUUUACGGCGUCAUCAUAAAUCAAAUCGAACUUGUAUUAUUAUUGAUACUUUUACAUAUAAAUAUCAAAUUAAAUGUAAAGAUCCGGAUUGUAGAAAUUUCAAACCACCACGGAAAGACAUUUCUUAA